AAUCUCUUGAGCAGCUCCAAACUCGAGUUUUUCCGCCUCAUCCGGCGCCGGACGGUAGGCAGCACGUCGUCGGUGUCCCACAAGUCACCCUCUCUCCUCGGGCUUCCCCGCGUGGCAAAACCGCCAACCAAGUGCUCGACGGCGGACCCCACCUUUCCGUACCCCAUCCCCGGCCUCCUCCCGUCGCACGACACGCGCCGGACGCCGUCCCCACCUACAUGACCGCAUCCUUCUACCCACCACUUCCUCUCUACUCUCUCUUAUCGCAUCCAUCUUGUACUUCUGACCACCUUCUAUUCUCCCCAAAAUUCACGCACGAACUCGUAAUGAAGGAGGGAGAGAAGGAAGGGAGAGGAAAACAUAACCACACUCUAUAAACCCACUCUCAUGGUUCCCAUCAUUAAUGGAAGAAGAUGUCUUUGUUCUCUGAAUUCCACUCUUUCCUCUCAAGGUGGGUGGGAGCGUUCCGGCAUCGAAAGAUCCGGUCGGACGACGAUGAUGACACGGACAGCAGCGAGGAAAGUGGCGGCGGCGGCAACCCGAUACCGCCUGCGGCGGUGGAGUGCUACGCAUGCACCCAGCCGGGCGUGCCGGCGUUCCACUCGACCAGCUGCGACCGCGCCCACACGCCCGAGUGGGAGGCCAGCGCCGGCUCCUCGCUGAUCCCGAUCCGGAGCCAGCCCGCCCCCCGCCCCGCGGGCCUCCAACGCCGGCCGAAUUCCUGGAUCUUCGGCUCGGUUCUCGAUCCGAGGAGCAAGCAAGUCCGGCGGUGGAACCGGGCGAUACUGCUGGCCCGGGCGGCGGCGCUGGCGGUGGACCCCCUGUUCUUCUAUGCGCUGUCGAUCGGGCGGGGCGGCGCGCCGUGCCUGUACAUGGACGGCGGGCUGGCGGCGGUGGUGACGGUGCUGCGCACGUGCGCCGACGCGGUGCACGUGAUGCACGUGUGGCUGCAGCUCCGGGUGGCGUACGUGUCGAGGGAGUCGCUGGUGGUGGGUUGCGGCAAGCUGGUGUGGGACGCCCGGACCAUCGCCGCCCGCUACCUGCGCUCCCUCAAAGGCUUCUGGUUCGACAUCUUCGUCAUCCUCCCGGUGCCCCAGGCUGUCUUUUGGCUGGUUAUACCAAAAUUGAUAAGAGAAGAACAGAUUAAGCUCAUUAUGACUAUACUUCUGUUGAUCUUCUUGUUCCAAUUCCUCCCCAAGGUAUAUCACAGCAUCUGUGUGAUGAGAAGGAUGCAGAAAGUUACUGGCUACAUUUUUGGAACAAUUUGGUGGGGCUUUUGCCUCAACCUAAUAGCUUACUUUAUUGCCUCUCAUGUAGCUGGUGGGUGUUGGUAUGUUCUUGCAAUUCAACGUGUUGCCUCGUGCCUCCGACAACAAUGCGAGAAGAACAACAAUUGUGAUCUUGUAUCAUUGGCCUGUUCCAAGGAGGUCUGUUACCGCCUUCCCUUGCCAUUAGGCAUGGACGAAUUAGCAUGCAAGAGUAACUUGACAACAGCCAUUGGAAUCCAAAAUAUUCCAGUUUGUUUAAAUGGCAAUGGACCAUUCCGCUUUGGGAUCUACAAUGGGGCUCUCCCUGUUGUUUCCAGCAACUCACUUGCUGUCAAAAUCCUUUACCCUAUAUUCUGGGGACUUAUGACUCUAAGCACUUUUGGCAAUGAUCUCGAGCCUACAAGCCACUGGCUAGAAGUUAUAUUCAGUAUCAUCAUCGUAUUAAGUGGCCUAAUGCUCUUCACUUUGUUGAUCGGCAACAUUCAGGUAUUCUUGCAUGCGGUCAUGGCGAGGAAGAGGAAGAUGCAAUUACGGUUUCGAGACAUGGAAUGGUGGAUGAAGCGGAGGCAGCUACCGUCACGCCUGAGACAGAGAGUCCGCCAGUAUGAACGCCAGAGGUGGCUUGCAAUGAGAGGGGAGGAUGAAAUGGACAUCAUUGAAGAAUUCCCAGAAGGACUAAGGCGAGACAUAAAGCGCCAUCUCUGCCUUGAUCUCAUCAAGAAGGUGCCAUUCUUCCACAACUUGGAUGACCUUAUCCUUGACAAUAUAUGCGAUAGAGUUAAACCCCUUGUUUUCUCCAAGGGUGAAAAGGUAAUCAGAGAAGGAGAUCCCGUUCAUUGCAUGGUGUUUAUCGUCCGGGGGCAAUUGAAGAGUAGCCAGCACCUGAGUCAAGGCACGGUGGCCACAUGCAUGCUGGGCCCUGGAAAUUUCCUAGGGGACGAGCUCCUGUCAUGGUGCCUCCGCCGCCCUUUCGUCGAUCGGCUGCCACCUUCUUCUGCCACCUUCGAGUGCGUCGAGCCAACUGAGGCCUUCGGUUUAGAUGCACCCCAUCUUCGAUACAUCACCGAGCACUUCAGGUACAACUUCGCAAACGAGAGGCUCAAGAGAACAGCAAGGUACUACUCAUCAAACUGGAGGACAUGGGCAGCUGUUAACAUACAGCUAGCCUGGCGCCGCUGCAAAGCGAGGACUGGAGGCAUGGUGAAUCCACCACCAGAGCUCGGCGACAGCGAGCGACGCCUUCGGCUCUAUGCUGCAAUGUUCAUGUCGCUUCGACCUCAUGACCACCUUGAAUAAUAGAAAAGCAGCUGCAUUAAGUCGUUACAAUGGUGAAGGUUAUAUUUAAACUGGGUACAAAAGAAGGAGAUGCAAUUAGUGAAAAACCUUGCAUUCAAUGGCUUAAUUGUUCGCAGGUGAAAAUAAUGGAUUGGUUUUAUUAUUUUUGCCAAUGAAUGAGUGCCAUUGGUCCCUGGGAA